AUUUUCUUCUUAAUUUCAUCUUUUUUAAUAGUCCAAAUCACUGACUCAACUUGUCGUAUCCAACGAUGAACGUCAAGGGAAUCGAUGUGAUUUAAUUUUCUAAAGUACAGACAGUCUGCUUGUCAUUACACACACACACACACACACACACACACACACACACAAAACAGAGUCCCAGUGUGCAGCAUAAUAAGAGUCACAAGUGCUUAUGCAGCUCAAACUGAGGAAUUAUGGGACAGCGGGAUGCAUCAGUCCGUCCUGAACAUCCAGAAGUGCAGAAGCAGGAGUGACUAUGCGUCCGUACAGGUGUGUGUUGGGUGUGUGUGUGCUGGCGUCUGUGUUGAUCAGCACUGGAUCCAGUACAGAGGAGCAGAUGAAGCUGGCGGCUUUACUGCGCAGUGUGUCUCCAGCAGUGCUGAUCCCAGAUCAGCCCCUCAUCAAGGACCUUCAAACUGCUACUGGGCCCAAACUGCUGAUUAAAGACGGGACCAUCCAGGGCCUGGCGCUGGACAAGUCUUAUGUGUUUUAUGGGAUCCCGUUCGCCGAUCCACCUGUGGGAACGUACCGUUGGAAACCACCCCGGCCCGUCACGCCGUGGAGAGGGGUGCGCGACGCCACCUAUCCCAGAGCGGCGUGCAUGCAGGCCUGCAUCGGACCCAUUUCUGAUGAGUGUCCCAAGAAGGUGAGCGGGACACAACGACAGGUGAGUGAAGACUGUCUGUACCUGAACGUCUUUGUUCCUCUGAGCGUGAACUUCGCGGCUCCGCUGCUGAAGCCGCUGCCCGUCAUGGUGUGGAUCCACGGCGGGGAUUUCAUCGCGGGCUCCGCCUCCAAAGCGCUUUACGAUGGGCGUUACAUCAGUAACUUCACUCAAACGGUGGUCGUGAGCGUCGCCUACCGCCUGGGGGCUUUCGGCUUUCUAGUGUCAGGAAAAGACCCGAGGACAUCAGCGGUGGGGAAUUAUGGGAUUCUGGAUCAGCAGGCGGCUUUACUCUGGGUGCAACAGAACAUCGCCGUGUUUGGAGGAGACCCGAGCAAAGUGACUCUUUUUGGCGAGAGCGCAGGUGCUCAGUCGGUCAGUCUACAUCUGAUGAUCCAGAGCAGCAAACCGCUCUUCAGACAGGCCGUUUUCCAGAGUUUACCCUUCUCCAUUCCUCUGAAAACACGGCACGAGUCUCUGAAGCUGGGGAAGAACUUUGCAAAGAUGGCCAACUGCUCGGUGUUGGACAUGGAGUGUCUCCUGUCUCUCAGUCCUCAGGCGGUGCUGAACGCACAGAUCAAAUCCAGCUCAAAGGUGGUGAAUCCUUUCCGCUUUCUGGAGGUGUUUGAGAGCUGGGGGCCGUAUAUCGACGGGGAGCUGAUCAAGGAGCAGUCAGUGAGCGCCUUUCAGAAAGGACACUGGCAGAAGGAGAAACCCGUGCUGCUCGGGACCACCUCAGAAGAAGGCGUGAUCUUUGUGUACGGCGUCUUCACUAAGCCCGUGUCAGCGGUCGAAUGCACCGUCUACACGACGGCCAUCUUCAAACAACACACCAUCAAAAUCCUGCGCAAAUACCUGCCGCUCUACACAGACACAGACCACAGGGACAUGCUGGCUCAGAUUGUGACAGACUACAUCUUCCUGUGUCCGUCCCGGAGAGCCGCCCGUGCCGGCGUGUUGUCCGGCAGCUCCGUGUGGAUGUAUGUGUUCGAUCACGUAGCGAGCGAUCCUCGCGUGUGGUCGGGCUUGACGUUCUGUUACCAUCACGCGUGUCACGGCGCAGAGCUGCCCUUCCUGUUCGACUCGGCCGUGGUGGCAAACUUCACUAUGACUCAACCUGAGCGACUGCUGUCCAAUCGCAUGCUGUGCUACUGGGGUGCGUUCGCCCACGCGGCUGACCCCGGGUCACACACCGACAUGAGCGUGUUCUGUCGACAGCAGCGUCCUCCGGCGUGGCCACGCUACACGGCUAACAGCGGCUGGCUGAUCAUGAACCUCACGACGCACACCCACGCUCAGGCAGGAUCACGCAACGACAUCUGUGACUUCUGGGACAAGCUUGGAAUCUACCCAUAAGAGAAGCACAAGUUAUGUAAACUGUUCCACCUGCAAAAAGAUAUUUUCUUACUCAGUACUUUUUUCUUUUUGAGUACAAACAUCUAAACAUUCUUAAAACAAGACACAUGUACUUCAGAUAGUCUUUUUUUUCUUUAAAAUGUAUCAAAAAUGAAGUGAGUUUAAGCUUAAAACCAGAAGAAGGUUCAGUGGAGUUCUAUAUAGAGCUCUAGGGUUCUUGACUCGAUUUUAAAGAACCCUUAAUGCCAAAAAGGUUCUAUAUAAGGAGAAAAGUCUUUGAUUACAUAAUACUUUCAUGUUUAGUGGGUUCUUUAAUUUUUUUAUAGAGAUAAAGUAUAUUUAUGAACUGUUUAUUUCAUAAAACUGAAUCAAAACAAAAUCAAUUAAAACUAAAUUCAUAAAAUGAUCCUAUGAUGGAGCCCCUAAAAGGUUCUAUAUAUGAAGCGCCUGACGGAACCUUUGAAGGUUCCAUAUAGAACCUUUACUUCGAAGAAUGAACAUUUUUACUGUGUCAAAAAUGAUCUCAAUUGCGUCUGUUUUUAUUUCUCCAAAUAAGUCUGCAAUACUUGUUUCUAAAAAUAUAAAAAAAGCAGUAUGCAACCAUAAACACUGUCACA